AUGAAUUGUUCGACAACAGUAGAUGUAGAAAAUCGUCAAUUUCUAAUCGGAAACUUUGGUGCAUCAGUAUUUAUAACAACAUAUAUUGGAAUCUAUGGGAUGGGAAUUAUGGUUUAUUUUGCAUGGCAAUUUAUGAGUGAUUCUCGAGAAAGCCAUGAAAAUGAAAUUCCUGGUGAAUUUUUUCCAACUUUGAAUCAUAUUAAUGAACGACAAGGCGUCUAUAAUCAAUUAAGUAAUGAAAAUUGGGUUAGAGAAAUAUAUAAAAUUUAUUAUGCAGAUCAACCCAAUAAUUCAGCAUUGAUUGAAGAGAAAACCAAUGAAUGUUACAAAAAAUAUAGUACAAAAAUGCAAAAUCUCAAAUCACGACAUGCAUAUUAUAUUAUAGAAACUCAAAAACCACCAGCACUGACGACCAUUUCAAGUAGUCAAUAA